AUGGGAAUUCUUGACCCGGAGUAUCAGGUCUUUACGAGUCAGCAUGGCUGGGGGACACUUGUGUACAAGGUCAGAAACGGGACUCUGGUCGUGUCUGGAGAUCUCCUCGCACCACCAGAGCAUUUUCAGCAUCUAUUAGGGGAGCUCGCCGAGUUUCGCAAGGCAAAGCGUCUCAAACUUGCCUUCAUGGGCGUCAGCGACACGUUCGCGGCAUACGCGCAGGAGCAGGGCUGGACCACGUUGAGAGUCGGGCGGGAGCGGGUGCUCAACCCGACAACGAAUAAAAUCCUCUUGAAUCAAGGCGCCGGCAAGCGCAUGAUCGGCCAAAAUCGACGAUUAUUAGAUCCAAACCGUGGUAGGAUCGAUCUUGGGGUAUAUGCACCGGCCAUCAAUGGUAUCGACAGCUCGAUGGAAGCCCAAAUACAAGUCAUCUACGACCAAUGGCGACAAGGCCGGAACUGCAGGAAAGCAAAGGGCCUACAAACAUUCGUUACAGUAUACGACCUUUUUUCUCGACGAAACAUCACCUUUUUUAUCUAUACCAAGAGUCAGCAGGGUACCAUCAACGGUUUCGCUGGUUUACGGAGCGUCGGCGCACAUUCUGGGUUCCACCUCGACCCAUGCGUCGCGUCAUCCACCGCGCCGCGGGGCAUCACGGAUUUGCUCAUCGUGACAGCAAUGAAGAUGCUGCGCGACGCAGGCGUGUCAUAUCUCAGCCUCGGCCACGAGCCGUUUCUUGAUCUGGGCGACAUGCCGAACCAAAACGGUAUGAAGGCACGGGUGGCACGCGACAUGUUCCACCGGGUGGUCGAUUCGGCGCAACUCAGCGGCAAGCGAACUUUCAACGACAAAUUUCAUCCCGAUGAGUCACAGUCGUCCGAUUUGUACGUUGUCUUGCCGGGGGGGCCCUCGUUGGUGCGGCAGGCCGCGGCGGUGAUGCACGUGGCCAACAUCAAGAUUCGGCGCCUACUCGUACAGUAA